UAAUCGAAUCGAAGUGAAGAGGUCCAUAUCGAUACAAAAGAAUCGAUUUGUAAGAACCGGUCUUUUUCAGUUCUCGAUACAAAAAAAAUGUAUGGCUGCGCUGUCAAAAAUCGGUAUAUCCCGAUUAUCAGACGAGAAAAAUUUCGAUAAAAAAUUGCAUGGAUACCAAAUAUCGAUUUGUUAAAAUAUCGAUACAUGAUGGUUCAACACCUAGGGACUAAUCGGCGAGUUCGGCUUGUAAACACAAGUGUGAGAAUAACCUCCGGCCGAUUCCAUUUAUUAAUUUGAAAAAAACAUCCAAAAUCACGUAUUAACAAAAUAAAUUAAGAAUGUACAGUGAAAAAUUCGACUCACCGUUUUACACCGAGGAGACGGAUUGUGAAGACUGCGAUCAACAGAUGUUCGAGUACGAUUAUGAGUACGAAGACAUAAAUGUUGACACAUUGAGAGAUGUUUAUGAUAAUUGCAUUGUGCCAAGUGUUUUUGAGACUGUCAAGUACUUGAGUCCUUUAUUACUGUCAUCAUUAGCUUUCAAUUUUUUAACUCAGAUUAUACUCAUCAGAAAACUGCCACAUCACUUGUUUCACGUACUGUCUAUUGCAAUUGGAAUCUUCACAGUCCAGCAUUAUGUGCCUGAAUGCCUGUAUUUAUUACUCACCUAUGCAGUAUUAUCUUACGGCUGUUUGUGUUUACCUCGUCGAUACCAAAGGGGUUGGGAGGUUUUUGUUACUAGUCUUUUAAUAAUUUUGUACUGUGAAUAUACUAUGGAGCCCACAGCCUGGCACAAAGUCCGGAGUGUCAUGAUGAUUGCGGCGAUGAAAGCUGUCAGUGUCUCCCUCGAUAAAUCGAAUAAUAAUGAUUUUCCGAAUAUCUGGCAGUACCCCGGGUAUUUGUUCGGGGCUGCAACGUGUUUAUUUGGCCCCUGGGUCAGCUUCAAGGAUUACAUUGGAUUGUUGGACAACGAAAGGUCAUCGUUAAGUUUGGAAUGGAUUAUUCACAUUAUUAAACAUUAUACUGUUUCCCUCAUAUUCCUGAGUGUUUCGAAUUGUUGGGGUGGGUGGCUACUGGCUGAUAGUUCAACGAAGUGGAUCCUGGCAUAUCGAGACGCAUUGUCUUUCAGGACUUCUCAUUACUUCAUCUGUUAUGCCUCUUCGAGUGUUUUAUUACUCGGUGGAUAUCCAUCGUCCCUCACGACAAUUGUUAAACCUGUGGAUAUUGAGAUUCCCAGAUCACUGGUGCAGGUCGUUGUCUCGUGGAAUAUUCCCAUGCACACGUGGUUGAAAUUAUAUAUAUUUAGACCAGCGACAAAGCGCAUAGGGAAAUUUAGUGCAGUGACACUCACGUACUUGACCAGUGCCCUUCUCCACGGAUUAAAUUUCCAACUAGCUGCUGUUCUCCUUAGCCUGGGGUUCUACACGUACGUCGAAUUCCAAUUGAGGAAUAUUCUUGCCCACGCGUUUGACGCGUGCAUCUCAGCGAAACGAUGCCCAACUGAGAAAUGCUGUCAUAAAAAAAAUUCUCAGAACUGUUACUGGGUCAUUGUCGCGAACCUCGGAUUUUCAGUAUUAUCGGUCUUCCAUUUAGCUUAUUUAGGACUGAUGUUCGAUACUUCGGAUCUGCAGGAGACUGGCUACAGCUACAGCCACACCAUCGAAAAGUGGUCACAGCUGGGAUUCGCCAGUCACUGGGUUGCAUUGGCUACUUAUGUUGUGUAUUUUUUACUCAGGUAAAUUUUUCUUUCUGAUUCUUUAUGGGGUUGUAGAUGAGUCAUUAAUGCACGAGAACAAUUACGAGAUUAUUAAAUAGUACCAAUAGUCAAGUGGUGGAUCCAAGUCAUCUGAUUAUUUAUUCCUGUCAGAAAUUCAAUGUCAAUGAAUCCAUGACAUUUUUAUAUUUUUCUAUUUGUAA